UAUUAUUUUCGCCUGCUAUUUACUUUACCCACAUUACUGUUUGUCAGGAAAACAACAACUAAAUCAGCGCCUCAAACCACCCAUAAACCACUAUUUCGAAACUGGGAGGAUCUUGCAAAAGUCGUCGUUCAGUAACUUCAGUCCUUCUUCCAGCAAACACAUGACCAGCCAGGCCUGAAAUCAGCAAAGAUCCGCUGCGUUUGCCAUCAUGAUCCAAACUCGGACUUUUUUACUUUUUACUUUUGUUUUCUUUGUCUUCUGUUUUGUAAUAGUUUUUGGUCAGACGACAAUUCCAGAAACAAACUGCACUAUAAAAUCCAACACAACUUGUGAAGAAUGUCUGAUGAUUGUUUCGUGUUUGUGGUGCAUCUCAAGCCAGAAAUGCAUUGACUAUCCAGUGAAGAGCAUUCUGCCCUCUCACAGUGUUUGUCCGCUCUCAGAAGCACGAUGGGGAGUAUGCUGGAUGAACUUCCAGACUCUCAUCAUUACCAUCUCUGUGAUCGCGGGGGUGAUCAUCAUCGCCAUAUUUGUCUGCUGCUUCUGCUGCUGUAAAUGUGAAAACAUUGGGUCUAAAAGGAGUGAUGUGCGAAUGGAGAGACAAGGCCAUCUGAGAAAGUUCCGUCAAGAGGAGCGGAAAGCAGAGAUGAGGCAGAGACAUGAAGAAAUGCGAUUGAAAUACGGUUUGAAAAAGGAUAACCAGUACUCCAGAUUUGAGAACAGCUAAGAAACUUGUGAUGAUGCUCCACUGUUGUCUUUUCUUUUACCUCACACCUAUUGUAAAAAUGAACACAUUUCCCUGCACAGCCAGCACUCCAUUUUUCUUUGAGUUUGAAAGACACUGAAUAUACCAGUUAGCAGCUGCCCACACAAACACACAUUGCCUAUGUCUUGAAAUUUCAUUAACUCACACCUGGAUUUUUUCGAUGAGUCUUCAAGCAAACCACAAUAUGAAGCCUUGUAAAUAUAGUACAUGGAUGACAUUUGCAAAUCCAAAUAAGCGUCAACCAAAUUAAGCAAGACAUGUUGAUAUUUGAGUCUGCUUUGGACUUUUGGUUGGCAGUACAAUUCAUUUUUAUUUAGCCUCAGCGAAUUUUAGCUGUGUAGCUUUUUACUCAGAUUAAACUAGGACUUGUUUUGCAUAAAUAUAGAAGACGUGCUAUAAUACAGUGCGCUUUAUAGAUUAAUGUCCCACGCAUUUCAAAUUGACAAAUUGAUUUGUCUCUGCCUUUGCUAAUUUGUUGGCAUUUCAAUGUAAUUUGUCUAUGUGCUGCAUUUUUUAAAUGUUUUUGAUCACUAGCUUAUUGUAUUUACCAAAGGGUUGAUUUGUCAGUGCAAUUUACAAAAGUCAAAUAAACUGUGAGAAAGAUAUCAAUAAAAGUGAAUAUUGUACAGCAAA